AUGUCCAAUAACAAGCUCGGAGUUUUGUUCACCUUGCUGCUGGCUGAAGUAUAUUGCGGUGGGACAGCGCAGACGGGCGCUCGUCACGGAGACUGCCCGUCCCGUUGUCACUGUGAAGAGGACGGCAUGCUUCUGCGAGUCGACUGCUCGGACCUCGGCCUGACGGCUCUUCCUGCAAACCUUAGCGUCUUUACUUCAUAUCUUGACCUCAGCAUGAACAACCUCACCCUCCUGCCCGCCAGCGCCCUCUCCAACCUCCACUUCCUGGAAGAGCUGCGUCUGGCAGGAAACGACCUGACCCACAUCCCUAAAGGGGCUUUCUCUGGGCUUUUCAAUCUCAAAGUGCUGAUGCUGCAGAACAACCAGCUGCUCCAGGUCCCCGGGGAGGCCCUGCAGAACCUGCGGAACCUGCAGUCCCUGCGACUGGACGCGAACCACAUCUACAGCGUGCCGCGCGGCUGCUUCGACGGCCUGGCCUCGCUGCGGCACCUGUGGCUGGACGACAACGCGCUGAGCGAGGUCCCCGUGCAGGCCCUGGGGGGCCUCUCCGCCCUGCAGGCCAUGACCCUCGCCCUCAACAAGAUCGCCCGCAUCCCCGACCUCGCCUUCGCCAACCUCACCAGCCUGGUCGUGCUACAUCUCCAUAACAAUAGAAUCCGGUUCCUGGGAAAGAGAAGCUUUGAUGGGCUCCAGAGUCUGGAGACUUUAGAUCUGAACUACAACAAUUUGGACGAGUUUCCCAUGGCCAUCAAAGCGCUCACCAACCUGAAGGAGCUGGGCUUUCACAGCAACAACAUCAGGUCCAUCCCAGAGCAUGCCUUCAUUGGAAACCCGUCUCUACUGACAAUAUUCUUCUACGACAACCCCAUCCAGUUUGUGGCCAAGUCCGCCUUCCAGCACCUUCCGGAGCUGCGCACUCUGUCGCUCAACGGAGCCACUGAAAUCACCGAGUUUCCUGACCUGACCGGCACCAGGAGCCUGCAGAGCCUGACCAUCACCGGAGCCCGAAUCACGUCGCUGCCUGGUGCCGUGUGUGACCAGCUACCCAACCUGCAAGUGCUGGACCUCUCCUACAACCUGAUCCAGCAUCUCCCAAGCUUCAACGGCUGUGAGAGGAUCCAGCGGAUUGACUUGCACCACAACGAGAUCCAGGAGGUGCUGGCUGACACGUUCCAGGAGCUGACCGCGCUCAGAUCCCUCGAUCUGGCCUGGAACAGACUGAGCACCGUGGACCCUCACGCCUUCUCCAACCUGCCCUCGUUAAUCAAACUGGACCUGACCUCCAACCUGCUGUCGGCCCUGCCGCUGACGGGUCUGCACGGCCUCACGCACCUGAAGCUGGCCGGGAACCAGGGGCUGCAGGAGCUCUUCACCGCCGACAGCUUCCCCAAACUCAGAGUGAUGGAGAUGCCCUACGCCUUCCAGUGCUGUGCUUUCGUGUCAUGCGACAACUCGCCCGACCCCUGGGACCGCGAGGAGAACAGCAGCAAGGACGAGUACGCCAGGAAAGAAGCAGGCAUUAUGUCCACCCAUGAAGACCAUGAUCUGGAGGACUUUCUACUCGACCUGGAAGAGGACCCCAAAUCCCAUCACUCAGUCCAGUGCUCUCCAGCUCCAGGUCCGUUCCGCCCAUGUUACCACCUGUUUGGCAGCUGGCUCAUCCGCAGCGGAGUUUGGAUCAUCGUGGUGCUGUCCCUGGUCUGCAACACCCUGGUGGCGGUCACCAUCUUCCUGUCCCCUACCUACAUAUCCCCCGCCAAGCACCUGGUGGGCCUCCUGGCCGUCGUCAACACCCUCAUGGGCCUGUCCAGCGGCAUCCUGGCGGUGGUCGACGCCCUGACGUUCGGCACCUUCGCCAAGUACGGGGCGUGGUGGGAGAGCGGCGCCGGGUGCAAGAUCACCGGCUUCAUGUCCGUCUUCGCCUCGGAGACCUGCAUCUUCCUGCUGACCGCCGCCGCCCUGGAGCGGGGCCUGUCCGUGCGCUGCUCCAAGAGGGCCGAGGCGAAAUCGUCGGCGGGGAACGUCAGGGUGGCCUCGGCCCUCUGCUUCGUCCUGUCGCUGGCCAUCACGGUCCUGCCCCUCCUGCACGUGGGCGAGUACGGCAUCUCCUCCCUCUGCCUGCCGCUGCCCUUCGGCGAGCCCUCCAGCCUGGGCUUCAUGGUGGCGCUGGUGCUGCUCAACUCCAUCUGCUACUUCGUCAUGACGGUGGCCUACGCCAAGCUCUACUGCGGCCUGGAGAAGGGCGAGCUGGACAACUUCUGGGACUGCGCCAUGAUCAAGCACGUGGCCUGGCUGCUCUUCACCAACUGCGUCCUGUUCUUCCCCGUGGCCUUCCUCUCCUUCUCCUCGCUGCUCAGCCUCUCCUUCAUCAGCCCGGAGGUGGUCAAGUCCAUCCUGCUGGUCAUCGUGCCCCUGCCCGCCUGCCUCAACCCCUUGCUCUACCUGCUCUUCAACCCCCACUUCAAGGAGGACCUGGGCCUGCUCCUCAAGCGGACGCAGUCCUGGAAGAGGACCCAGCAGGCCAGCCUGGUGUCCCUCAACUCGGAGGACGCCGAGAAGCAGUCCUGCGACUCCACGCAGGCUUUGGUCACCCUCACGACCUCGGACAAGUCGGAGGGCAAGUCGCCCGGGCAGAGCGCGGAGGCCUUCUGCCCGCCCGUGCCCUUCGUCCCGUGCCGUUAGUCCCAGCCUCGGGCCACAUCCCCUGGAGUAAAACCCUUUCCUAUAGCACCAGACUAAUGACUGUCGUUCUGUAACACAAUUUAUUUUUAAAGCGUACAUGGGGAAACGCCGUACCGCCACACUACCCGUAGCCAGGCAAAGGAACUGACGAACUCGCGGAGUACGGAAGGAGCCGAUUUAGAUUCUCAUCCAAAUACAGAGGUCGAGUCCAAAUUCAGGUAUAGAGCCGCCGGUUUCGCGUUUACCUCAGCAAAGUCUGUCACUGUCAAGCAACUCUGUCAAGCUCAAGAUGUCUUCUGACAUCCGUAGUGACAUGGACUGGAAAACGGUAUUAAAUUAGUUUGGCUAAUUGUGGCCACUGGCUUAACUUUGUAAAAAAUAAAGGUACUGGCCAAAGCUGACCCUCUACAGGAAGAAGCAUGGCGUUUUCGUGGAGAGCUGCUUCUUGUCCCUGUAUCACGGGGAGAUAUCUACAGUGUCUCCCGAAACCCUUGAAAUCUGGGCGUCGCGUGGCUACUCUGUUUGGUUACGUUUGUCGUGGACCUGAACAGACGUUGCACAACCAAUGAAAAAUUCAUUGUCAGAAGGGCAUUGUGGCAAGUCAAAAAUUGAAGCACAUUUUUACUGAGGAUUUUUAAGCACCCGUGUCCCAGUUGGCCACUUGGGCCGGCAUUGCUUGCUAGGUCUCGUCUGCCAGCUAUAGUUUGUCUCACACAUAAUGGUAAAAACACUUUUCGGAGCCUGAUGAGUCACGCACUUCCAUUUUGAUUCAGGGUAUUGCCACGCGGUCAUUUUGUUUUCUUCCGUUCUGUUAUUCUAAUGCACCCAGCAGGAAUUUGGUUGUAAAGUCCUGUUUUGAUAGUACUUAUUUGUGUAUAUACAUCACACUGUGUGCGCGUGUGUGUGUGUAUAGUUAUAAAACUGUGACAAUCUUAUCCUACGUAGGCUAUGAGAGCAAUUUGUAAAAUUGUUUUCUUUGCUCAGUGUUUUCAUUUUAUAUUGUGUUUGAUUACUUUAUGGUUAUCGUUUCCCUCCUUAUGUUGAAGUCGACAUUUCAUUUACCUGCAGACAUUUUAUUCCAGUUCUAUCGUCUUAAGCAGACCUGAUCUUUCCCAGUGGAUUGCUGUCAUUGGUGUGGCGUGCAUCAUGAAAUCAUCUCAUAUCUGACAUUCAUCCUGUUUCCAUCUUUACUGAAAAAGGACUGAAAAGAGAAAUGAUGAAUCAUUAAACUUAACGUUUCACGUUUUGACUACAUUUACAUAUUUUACACUGUUUAUCGAGACCGGAUUUUGGAAAUAUGUUCUUCAUAACAGAGGCAUCAGUCUGAACUGUCGUUCUGAACAAGAUCUGCGGACAGAAAUGUCCUUGUUUUGACAGUUGCCUCGUCAAGCCUCAGAACACGGACAUCUUGUGGCGUCCCACUUUGUUCUAUGGCCAGGCAUAUGAGGGAGGGCGUUGAUCUGGCCAGGCCUUCAAGUGGCCAAGUCACGGGCUUCCGAGACAACUCGGAUUCCAACUGCAGAGUGAAACACAAUAUGCCUUUCGCGGAGCCGUUUCGGUCGCUGACAUUUUCCCCGCGUGUUUAUUUGGAUGGGUUUCCUGUCUUUCAACAACUGUAUUGACAGGCUAUUAAUAAGAAACAUCACGUGCCCCUUUCAAUGGAGUCCAGGCGCACUGAUUUUAAGAAGAGUCCUUUUCUCUGCUCCUUUCACAUCCUUGUUGUAUCAGGCCUUGACGUGGGGUUCCUCAGCUGCGACAGCUACAGUUUGUUCCUUAAAUUCAGCUUCAGGUCUUCCUUUAGAAGCCACAGGUUAAAAACCUCCUGGGCGUACAUAUAUAUAUAUAUUUUUUUUAUGUUGCAUAAAUUCUUCUCAACACCAUUCGAAAUUGGUUGAUGGUGGACACCACAGUGCUCCUUCACGACCCUGUGGUGCACAGCUUUCCGAAACCAAAUCAGUGGACCUCUGGUAACACUGCGCUGGACUGCGUUCGUCAAAAACGUGCACGAUAUAUCUGUCUGCUGAUUGCAGAAACCAAGGUUUUUACGGUUCGCAAGUUUUGAAAUCUUUAUAAAGUUUGCGUUUGCGUUUCCCCUGACCUCGCUUCUUCAUUCAGAAAGCAUCCCCGACAUCUGCAGGAAGAAGGCAGAGGCGGUGGUAUUGUACACACAAUGCCACAGUAAACAUGGUAACCCAGCCAGUGGAAACACUGAUGAUAAAACCAGUGGAAAUGCUUAUGAUUCAAAGGAGACAUGCUGUCUCAGGUCCUGCAGAAGUGAGUGUAAUUAUCAACACUAGAGAUGGUUGCAAAAAAGCCAAAAGCCAAGUUUGGCCGGCUCACGUGGAGUGGCAUAAUUGGCUCGCUGCUCCAGAGGGAGGGACUUGGCAGGGUUAGCUGAUCGCCGCACAAUAAGCGCCUCGGAAUCAGUCACGAGCAUGAGACGAGACGGCUAGAAGAAGGUGUGUCGCUCUCCUUCGGGCCGCUGAGGGACGGGGUGUGAGCGGUGUAUCUAACACUAACUCUAAUUGGAUUAGAUGGGGUACAAUUGUCAACCAAAUUGGGAGAAAAAGGGAAAAAAUCUGAAAAUAAAAUUAAAAAAUUAAAAAAGAUGGUUGCAAUGGGCUUUGUAGACUAAAUUUUCAAUCCUGUCAAGCCAUUUAUAUCAGUAUCUCCCCACUCUCUUAACAGUAGCACACACCUAUAAAUCACCAUGUUAAGCAAUGUUAUGAACUGAGUAAUGGUAUCUGUUACAGAAUAUCAGCUUUCCUGGUGUCCUCGCGAAUACGUCAUUAAUAUAAUAUCACAACACAAAUGAAAUUUCCUCUUCAGACAACAAUCGCAUUACCUUCCUGGCAGGUUUUCACCAAAAGCUGUCUAUUUUUUUUCUUCCUUUUUUUCUUUUUUUUUUUUACGUUUAUUGACUUCGAUUUUUAACCGUUGUUUGAACAGAUUCCCAAUUUGGAUGCAAAGCUAUUUUUGUAUGAUCUAGAGCUCUUUAAGGAUUGAAAGAAAAAAAAAGAUGUAUAAAUAUAGAGUUUGUAUUUAUAUCAAAGUUAUAUGUGUAAAGAGACGCACUGCGGUGGACGUGACGCUCUCCUCGCGCCCCGCAGGGUUUUAGGACACUAGCUUUCGCCCUCCUCGGUAGCAGCUGUGUUUCUGUACAUUCAUAGUGGCUGUAAAUAACGAUGCAUAUUGGCUUUUUUUAUUGGAGUGCUAAAUAUAUGUAAUUUGUAAUAAACAAUUUACCAAACAAA